UCUACAAGUGCACUGAAUGCAUUUUUCUUUUUAAAUUAGCCUGAAGAAAACCUGUUGUUCUUUGACCUGUUUUAACACACCCAAAGAUUAUCAGAAACUCCACCCUCUUACAACACUUACUAGGAAGAGACUGACUUGUUAUUUCUACUUUCUGUAUACCGACAAAACCAAAGAACAAUCAAAGACUUUGAGAAAGACUUUGAAGGACUUUUAAGAUAUAUAUAUUUUUCCCAUUGUUCAGACAGUGAAGUAAAGAUCACUGGAGCUCAAACAUUAAAUAUGGCUUCACUAAAUGUUUCUGCAGAAGAGCUUUCUUGUCCUGUGUGCUGUGAAAUCUUCAAGGAUCCUGUUGUUUUAUCAUGUAGUCACAGUUUCUGUAAGGAGUGUCUUCAACAGUUCUGGGGAAUUAAGGAAACUCAGGGGUGUCCUGUCUGCAGGAGAAGAUCCUCAAAAUGUGAUCCUCCAUGUAAUCGUGUGUUAAAGAACUUGUGUGAGUCAUUCCUGGAGAGAAAUGAGAGGCGUUCAUCAGCAUCUGAGGAGAUCUGUAGUUUACACAGUGAGAAACUCAAACUCUUCUGUCUGGAGGACAAACAGCUGCUGUGUUUAGUGUGCAGAGAUUCACAGAAACAUGAAAAUCACAAAUUCAGACCCAUCAGUGAAGCCGUUUCAACAUAUAAGGAGGAGCUCAAUAUAGCACUAAAGUCCUUACAAGAGAAACUUGAAUGCUAUAAAAACAUUAAAGGAGAAUUUGAGAAAACAGUUCAACACAUGAAGUCUCAAGUUGAGCACACAGAGUGUCAGAUUAAACAGCAGUUUGAGAAGCUUCAUCAGUUUCUCAGAGAUGAAGAAGAAGCUACAAUCACUGCACUGAGGGAGGAAGAGGAGCAGAAGAAGCAGAUGAUGAAGGAGAAGCUGGAGGAGAUCAACAGACACAUCUCAGCUCUUUCACACACAAUCAAAAACACGGAGGAGAUGAUGAAAGCCAAUGACAUCAGUUUUCUAAAGGAGUUUCCAGUCUCAAUGGAAAGAGUCCAGAUCUCACAGCCAGAUCCACAGACGCCUUCUGGAGCUUUGAUUCAUGUGCCGCGUUACUUAAACAACCUGCCUUUCAGAGUCUCCAAGAAGAUGCAGGACAGUUUCCAAAACAGUCAUGUAAUUCUGGAUCCAAACGCUGCAAGUCCAGAUCUCGUCCUGUCUGAUGAUAUUACCAGCUUGAGAUGCAGUGGGAAUGAUCAGCAGCUUCCUGAUAAUCCAGAGAGAUUUGACAGAUCUAUGCUCCACAGCACAGAGAAGACAGAAAAGACCAGCAUCUGCCUGGAAGACAACAACAAAGACUCCUCUUUUUCCCUGGGGAGUAGGACUCGUCCAUCCACUACCAUGUCCUUACUUACAGACAAGCCUCACUCACUACGCUUCAGCUGGAGCAUGAAGACCACAUCUUCCAUGGAGCCAGGCAAGAUGAUGAAGGAGAUUCGGAAGGUUCUCGAUGCCAACAGCUGCGAGUAUGAGCUGCGUGAGCGCUAUGUGCUGUUGUGCAUGGCCGGCAACCCUGCCCAUGAUGACUUUGUGCAGUGGGAGAUGGAGGUGUGCAAGCUGCCCCGCUUAUCACUCAACGGCGUGCGCUUUAAAAGGAUAUCAGGAACAUCCAUUGCCUUCAAGAACAUCGCCUCCAAAAUCGCUAAUGAGCUGAAUCUGACUUGCGCAUGCAUGCUGACUGCAGCAAGCUAGCUUGGAAGAUGAAAAAGGGCUUAUAUGAAAUGAUCAUCGGUAGUGUUGGGUACUGAAACCUGGUGUACCGGACCUAAUCAGAAAGCAGAUGUCUGAUAAUACAAAUCCAACAUCUAUGUAGUAACAUUGGUGUCCAUGUUGUUUUCACAUUUUGACUUAAAAGCACAAAUGAAUGCAGCAAUUACACUUGCUCUGAUGGCAACAGGUAGCCUACUGUUAGCUAACUUACAAUAAACAUGUCUAAAUUAUUAAAACGCCUAAAGCUAAACUUCCUUUGUAAUGACUUGCAAUGGGAAGCGUUUCUAAACCUGUUGAGAACAUUAUAAUGUUUUUUAUUCCACAACACCAGAAGGAUGUGGUAGCAUUACUAUCAUUACUAUCAUUACUAUCCAUAACCUUACAUAUACCUCAAUAGCUUACAAUGAUUCCAGUCAUUACUAGAGAGUUAUCAUGAUCUUCACCUUAGAAUAAUUAUCCAAAUAAAUAGUAAUUCCUUCGGAAGGUUUGGUAUUACCCGAGUUAUUACUAGUGGGUUACAUGAUCUUUACUUUAGAAUUAAUUAUACAUUAUGCAUCAUUAACAUUAAUUAUAAACCUGUAUAUAGUGGUUAUUAGUAGGUUUUUGAGAGAUAUGAAAAAAAUUUAGUUACUGAUUAGCUAAUAGUGAACUACCACUUUCAACUAAACACUAUUACUUACUGUUUCUUUAAUCAGAAUUUCUUGUUAGUCAGUAGUACUAUAAUGUUAAUAGUGCAUUUGUCAUUUGUUCCUGUGUAGUUAUUCACUAAUGGAUGCACAAGUUACACUGUAAAAAACAAUUUGUUGAGUCAUCUUAAAAUAAUUUGUAAACUAGCUGCCUUAAAAUGUUAAGUUCAGUCAACUCAAAAAAUGUUUAUUCAACUUGAAAUGUUAAAUUAUGCUAAGUGACAAUAUAUGCUAAGUGAUAUAUUCGAGUUGAAUCAACUUAAAAUUUUAAGCCAGCUGGGUUAUUCACUAAUGACAGAACAGUAUUCUAAACUGUUACCUUUUAUGAUUUUGUGGCCAGUUUGAAAAGAACAAAUUUUCUAUUUAAACUCUAAUCAUGAUUGAAAAGUGUGUGAUUUGUGUCUCAUUUCAGUCUUGUUUCAGUCUGUCCUUCACCGUCAUCAUCAUCAUCCUCAUCCUCACAGACUUAGAUCAGUCCAGACAGCCUUGUGACUCUCUUCUGUCAGUUGUUAUGCUGGAGUCUCUUGUGAUGAUUGGAUCCGUUCUGAGGUGAAUCAGGCUGGUGUUAAACUGACGAUAUCAGACUCCACAUUUCAGAUAUUAUUCUUAUCAGGACACUGUAUCAUCAGCACUCUGACUACAACACUGCUGGAUUUUUAAGGGACAUUUAUGAUUAUUGUUUACAUUUUUUGUUGUUGUUGUU